UUUGUGUCAGUUGAGAAUUGUAUGUUUGUUAGUUCCCAAUGGGUUACAAGUCCUUCGUUGUGUUGUUCGUGGCGAGCUUCAUUGUGGCGACCACUUUAACGACAGUCAAGCAAUGCGAUGAGCGUCACAAGCCCGGAAACUUGAAAGCCUUGAUUGCCCCGAAAGCGUCUGCGAAGCCAAAAGGCGCAACGGAUUCGCCAUCGGGAUGUGCCACGCAGAAGUCCGGAAAUACGACCGAGUCCAUGGAUGCAUCCAUGGCUGCCGAAACGCUGAUUGCUGGCAAUAAGCAGCUGCUGGACGCUCUCGAGAGCAGUCUGAGCGAGAUCAAGAAGUUCCGUGAGAAGAUGAAGAAGGCGGCUGCCAGCAGCUCCAACACUGCAAAGAUGGCCAAGCGGGUGCGAAACAACAACCAGAAAAUCGUCGCAAAUCUGAAAUGUCUGUAUGGGGAGUUCCAAGUGAGCCUUGAGAAAAUUCGCAGCGUGGCAGAAAAUGCCAAACGGGAGGUGAUGGAGAAGCGGAAACUUGAAGAAACUGCCAAGCGGCGAGUGGAGUACCUAAAAAAGAAUCUGGAUGAGCUGCAGGCUGAUAUGAAGCGUACUAGGGACAGUGCCAAGAAGGCAAACUGUGCCGCCAAGCAAGCGAAGCAGCGAGUCGACACCAUACUAGAUAUUUCGACACUUUGAGAGAGAUCUGCAUUCGGAAACUAAACACAAACACUAUUUUAUUGCGUUGAUGUUAAGGACAAGAGGUUUUAUAUUUUGUUAACUAUGUUACUCUGAGCAUGGACAAUUGGUCUUGGUGGCGACGGGUUAGGGUUUUAAGCUGGAAAUAAUAAAUAACUUGCAUUGUA